CAGAGUUCAUGUUCUUUUUAGCUUCAAUAUAAAGAGUUGAAUGUGCUAUAACAUGCUUUACCAUGCAGAGUGUUUCUGAGACUGUGGUGAAACCUGUGGAUAUUUGAAAUCUGAGUUGCUAUGUCUUAUUGUGUCAGUAAAACAUCCAAACAUUAUCUUUACAACAAAAAAUGUAAUUAGAAAUAAUAAAAUAUGUCUGUAAAAUUAACAUAAAACAAACCACUUUAAGAUAAAGAAAAUGCUGGCUAUGAAUUACAAAGCAUCCAACUAGCGCUGACAAAAUGAAAGAAAUACUCUCGAAGGAAAGGUAUAACUUUUAUUUCUCAUGUCAUGUUGCUAUUUAUUAGUCUAAUUUAAGCUACUGGUCAUAAAAUAAAUGAUUUCUCUGCAGAGACGACCCUGAGAAAGCAUUUGUAGGAAGUCUCACAUUAGAUAAGAAGAUUAAAGACUUCCUUCACAACAUCUUUACAGAUCUGGAGAAUAAAAUGAUUGUAUUUAUAAAACAUGAGCUGGAGAUGUUUAAGAAACUCCUAAAAAAACAAAAUACAAAAUAUUAUAAAGAUGUGAGGGAUGAUCUGUGGAGUGUUAAAGAAUCAGCUCUUGAUAUGGCAUUGUACUUUCUGAAGUUGAUGGAACACAAUGACCUCGCUGAUGCACUCCAAGAUGCACUAAUAGAAGUUCAGCAGCGUGCACUCAAAUCAAACCUGUGUAAGAAAUACAAUCAUGUGUGUGAAGGAAUUGCAAAGCAAGGAGAGUCCAACAUUCUCAACAAGAUCUACACAGAUCUGUACAUCACUGAAGGUGGAGUUCAACAAAUGAAUGAACAACAUGAAGUGAGACAAAUUGAAAAGCAAAAAACUAGUGUGAAAGCUGAAGAAACUCAAAUGGAGCAAGAGGAACAAAUUGAAUGCAAGAACAUGUUCACACCAUCACCUGGAGAAGAAAAACCCAUCAGAAGUGUGGUGACACAGGGGAUCGCUGGUAUCGGAAAAUCCAUCUGUGUGCAGAAGUUUGUUCUAGACUGGGCUGAAGGGAAAGAAUAUCAGGACAUCAAGUUCAUAUUUCCACUGCCUUUCAGAGAACUGAACCUGAAAGAAAAAGAAAAAUGCAGCUUGAGGGACGUCAUCUAUCAAUUUUUUCCAGAAACAAAACGAAUGAGAUUCACAGACAGGUAUAAAGUCAUGUUCAUCUUUGAUGGCCUGGAUGAGUGUCGAUUUCCUCUAACAUUCCAUAAAAACCAGAAGUGGACUGAUGUAACAGAAAAAGCCUCACUGGACACUAUAAUGACAAACCUCAUUGAAGGAAAUCUGCUUCCAUCUGCUCUCAUCUGGAUAACCACUCGACCAGCAGCAGCUGCUAAGAUCCCUGCUGAACAUGUGGACCGGGUCACAGAGGUGCGUGGCUUCAAUGAUGUACAAAAGGUGGAGUACUUCAGGAAGAAAAUCAGUGAUGAGAGUCUGGCCAACAGAAUCAUUGGUCAUAUUAAAGGAUCAAGAAGCCUCUUCAUCAUGUGUCAUAUUCCAGUCUUCUGCUGGAUUUCAGCCACUGUACUUGAGGGAACUUUGGGAAGAUCAGACAGUGAACACAUUCCACAGACUCUGACGGAGAUGUACACAUGUUUUCUGAUCUUUCAGACCGUACAGGGGGACAAGAAAUACAAUAGAAAUAAUGCCUCAGACAUUCCAUGGGAUAAAGAGGGAAUUCUUUCAUUGGGAAAGCUUGCCUUUAGUCACCUGGAAAAAAACAACCUGAUUUUCUAUGCAGAAGAUCUAAAAGCCUGUGGAAUUGACCCCAGUAACCUAGCAGUGUACUCAGGAGUGUGCACUCAGGAGACUGGCAGAUUUCUAGGCACAGUUUUCAGCUUUGUGCAUCUCAGCAUUCAGGAGUUCAUUGCUGCUUUGUUUACAUAUGUAUGUGUACAUAAUGAAAACAAGAAUGUUUUUGAUCAAUCAGAAGAGAGAAAAGAAACACAACUUAUUGAUUUUCUAAAGAUUACAGUGGACAAAGCCUUACAGAGUGACAAUGGACACUUGGAUCUUUUCCUCCGUUUCCUUCUGGGUCUCUCAGUGGAGUCUAAUCAGAAGCUCAUUCGAGGUCUACUGACACACACAGGAAGCAGCUCUGACUGCAGAAAGGACAUAGUUAAAUACAUCAAGUUCAAGUUUGAUCAAAAUCCAUCUCCAGAGAGAUCAAUCAAUCUGUUCUACUGUCUGAACGAGUUAAAUGAUGAUUCACUGGUGAAAGAGAUCCAAAGCUACAUGAACUCAGGUCGUCUCUCUGAAGCUGAACUCUCACCUGCUCAGUGGUCUGCUCUGGUCUUUGUGUUGCUGACCUCAGAGGAGGAUCUGGAAGUGUUUGACCUACAGAAGUUUAUAAGAUCAGAUGAAUGCUUUAUGAGACUGUUACCAGUCGUCCAGGAAGCUACAACAGUUCUUCUCAGUGAGUGUAACCUGACAGAGAGAAGCUGCUCGGCUUUACACACAGUUCUCAGCUCAGAAUCCUCCAAGCUGACUGAGGUGGAUCUGAGCAGUAAUCCUCUGGAGGACUCAGGAGUGAAGCUGCUUUGUGCUGGACUGAAGAGUCCAAACUGUAAACUGGAGAAACUCAGGGUAAAUAACAGCAGGAUGACAAAUGAAGGUUGUGCUGCUCUGGGAUCAGCUCUGGGUUUAAACCCCUCACACCUGAGAGAACUGGAGCUGAGUGGGAAUAAACUGGGAGGAUCAGGAAUGAAGGAGCUCUGUGGUGUGCUGAAGAAUCAACAAUUCAAACUGCUGAAACUGGGGUUGUGUAAGUGCAGUCUCUCUGAAGAUGCCUGUACUGCUGUUCUAUCAGCUCUGAGAACAAACCCCUCACACCUCAAGGAGCUGGACCUGAGUCACAGCCAAUUGGAGACACAGGAAUGAAGCAGAUCUCUGAUCUACUGCAGAACUCAAACUGCACUCUGGAGACACUGAGACUAAAUAACUGUAGUCUCACACAAACACAAUGUGGUGAUCUGGCUAAAGCUCUGGAAUCAAACUCCUCAUCAUCUCUGAUAGAGCUGGAGCUCAGAGGAAACUACAGGAUGUCAGACUGGAACAUUUUUAGAUAUU